AAGGCCUCCUUUAUGCUCGGCGCUGGCCGCCGAACAAUGGCCCCGGGAGGUGUUUUCCAUGAUUGUUCUUUUGUUUGCGCCUCUGAAAAGCAGCCUCAGUCCCGCCAGCGCCAGCAGCUGCCCUCAGCAAAAUACCCACCUCAGCCCUCGCCCAGCGCAGGGCACUCGGCGGCAGCGAUGCCAGCCUGGCCCAGCCCUGCUCAGCCGUCCCCCUGGGCACAUCAGAGACUUUGUGAGAAGCAGCAGCUGUCGGAGCUCCAAAUCCACGGGGAAGUCAACGGAGGGGACGCGGGAGAGCUUGGCUGAUCCUCGCUCUUCCCAGGGGCUGCUUGGUUCCAGCAGCAGGAGCUCCGCAGCGGUCCGGAGGGCAGACACUGAAGUGCUUGGAGCUGCCCAGCGGGUGGCACAGCACGUCUGGAAGUGGUGGGAACGUGGUCCAAGGAACCAGAAUCUACCUCCACGUUCUGGAAUGCGAGGGGAGAGUUAAUGGGCUGCAGGAGUUGGGUUUUACGGCAGCUUCCCCCUGCAAGCAGAGCAGUGAAGUUUUCUCUCGAUCUUUUCACCAAAGCCGAACUGUCUCCUCUGGCAUCACCGCAGCCGCCGCGGGCACAGCGCUGGGCUCCGGAGCUGGGCACUGCCUGGGCUGGGCCAGGAGGCAGCUGAGGAGGGACAGGGAAGCGGUCACACAACUGACCCCAAACCCAGCAGCUGCCGCAGCGAUGCUGUUUGAAACUUGCGCAGUCGGAGAGAUCCUCCAGCCCCUUCCUCCCAGCCUCUGCUGGGAAUUAAUCUGGGAUUCCAGGAAGGGAGCUGCUGGAGGAGGAGGCAGAGCUGGCGCCAGCUACCCGGCAGCGCAGGGCUGCUUUCACUUUCGUGUUCAGCUGGCAGCUGCCGCCGAGCUUUGUCUCUGAUGCUCUUCACCACAGGAGGAGCCCAAAUUCCCCCGAGGGGCUGCUGCUGUUCAGUGCUGCACGGUGAGAGGCAGCCCGGACCCCGAGAGGCAGCGCCCUCGGGGGAAGGAGGAUCCAAUCCCGGAGCAGCCUAAAGCCCUUUGCGGCCGUUUUUGUUGAGCCGAAGCAAGGAGGUGGCAGCAGCUGCCAGCCUGCGAGGACUAAGCAAGGAGGUGGCAGCAGCUGCCAGCCUGCGGGGACUUUGGCAUCCUGUUGCAGGCAGAGUUCCCCACAGCAGGCUGCAGCCUUCUCCGCUGGUAGGCACAAAGGGUCUAAGUGCCCAGAAAUAAAUCUGGCACUAGAGGGGCCCUGCCCGGGCUGGAGCUUGGCUGCCUCUGAGCUGCUGCCACGUGAUGGUAAAACUUCCCCUUCCUGGUCAGGCUGCCCCGAGGCGGAACGCGGAGAGAGCAGCACCAGCAGUUCCUCAGAACAGAGGCUUCUCCAAGAAGAGUCACCCAUUCCUGCCCAAGAUCUUCAGGAAGAUGUCUGCUCAGUCAGCGAAGGAGAGACCUGAGAGCCUGCAGUUCCCCUUCCUGGACGACGAGGACACCAUCUCCACCAUCAAAGAGUCCAAGACCUUCUUUAUCCUCCGAGGGCUGCCCGGCAGCGGCAAGUCCACCCUCGCCCAGGCCAUCCAGGAUCGGUACAAAGAUGCCUGCAAGGUCAUCUCGGCCGACAACUACAAAAUCACUCCUGUGGUCAGGAGCAGCCUCCCCGAGGAGUACUCCAAGAUGGACGAGGAUCUGGUCGAGUACUGCAAGCGUGAGGUCAGCGUCAUCGUGCUGGACGACAGCCACCACGAGCGGGAGCGGCUGGACCAGCUCUUCGACAUCGCCGACAAGUACCGCUACAAGGUCAUCUUCGCCGAGCCCAAGACCCCCUGGAGGGUGGAUUGCUCCCAGCUGAAGGAGAAGAACCAGUGGAAGCUGUCGGCCGAGGAGCUGAAGAAGAUGAAGCCCAGCCUGGAGAAGGAAUUCCUGCCCAUGUAUUUUGGGUGGUUCCUGAGCAAAAGGAGCUCCGAGGUGCUGCAGAAGGCUGGCCAGGCCUUCCUGGAUGAGCUGGGCAGCCUCAAAGCCUUCAAGAAGGAGAGCAAAUACUUUGCCUCUGCUAUCGAGGACCCCAAAAUCAAAAUCGACCUCACCAGCUACUUCGUGAAGAGGCCUCCUGGGGUCCUGCACUGCACCACCAAAUACACAGAGUUCGGCAAGGCUGCAGGCGCCGAGGAGUACGCCCAGCAGGAGGCUGUGAGGGCUUCCUACGGCAAAGGCUUCACCAUCUCCAUCUCUGCUCUCUUCAUCACAACAAAAACUGUUGGUGCUCGCGUGGAGCUGAGCGAGCAGCAGCUGCUGCUGUGGCCGGGGGACGCCGACAAGAUCCUGCCCACCGACAGCCUGCCCAAGGGCAGCCGCGCCCACAUCACCCUGGGCUGUGCCAACGGCGUGGAGGCUGUGCAGACUGGCUUCGACCUGCUGGAGUUCGUGAAGCUGGAGAAGGCAGGGAACAAAGGGGAUCAAGUGGGGGAGAUCGGCGGGGGGAAGCUGCUGUACUUCGACAACGGCAUGUGGCUGCUGCUGCUGGCCAAGCGCCUGGACGUCAGAGCUGUCUUCUCAGGGUACUACGGGAAGGGCAAGCUGGUGCCAACGCAGAGCACCAACAAGCGGGGCUCUGCCUUCAGCUCCUGCACCAUCAUCUAGGAGCAGGGGCAGGAGGCUCCUCCGCUGGGUGGUAGGCAGUAACCCCUGUAACCUUAAAGAGAAAUAAUUCUCCCUCUACUAAAGUCAGCCCUUUGCCCGCCCCGGCGCGAAGCCUCUGGGGGGUUUCUUGCCUCAGAACGAGGAAGCAAACAAGCAACUCCUGCCUGCCAACCUGCCCCCUCGCUGCCAGCCGCUCCCGAGGAGCUGCUGGGGGCACUGCAGGGGGAAGAGCUCUGGAGAGAGAAGGAGCUGGGGGCUCUGCUUGUUUUCUUCCUCGGAGGAAGAUCAGCUCUGGUCCCUGACAACGUCUUUAGGAACCACAAUCGUUAGACCUUGCCUGUGAGCAGUGGCAGACACAGCCUGGGCACGACUGCAGCCAAGUGAAGGGAGCUGUGCCAUGCCUGCACCCUCCCCCUGGGGCUGCUAUCACCUGCCCUGGGAGCUGCUCCUGGGUGAAACCCCAGCACAGCCCAGCUGUGGGCCCUGUCUGCCGAGCAUGGCAGCUACCAGGAGCUUAGCCCACAGGAGCUUGCUGAGGGCAGCUGCUCCUGCAGCCAGCUGAGCUCUGCCCCAGCUCACCUUUGUGUCCCAUGGGAAUGCUUCCAGGAGACCCCAGGACAGGCACCCAGUCCCUGCACACCUGUCAGAGCAGGCUGGGCCAGGUCCAGCAUCCUGUAGGGAACAAUCCUGCCCUGGCAGGGGGUGGCAGAGAGGAGCCGAAGCCUCUUCCACCUUGGUUGAUAGAAACUCAGAUCCUGUCGGGCACAGGCCUGUGCUUCCUGCAGGAUUUUCCUCCUUUCCUCUAAUGCACUUGAAUGUUCCAAGUUGGGCUGGCAGUAACCUUCUGAUGUAGGAGUAGGUGGAGGCCCCAGAACUGUAACUUGUCUGCUCAAACCUAAACCCGCGGCUGCAAAGCAGCUCUGCUGCUGCUGGGUGUGCCCUGGGCAGUGGAGCUGUGGGCACCACUCCCUGUAACACGAAGCGCAACUAACAGCUGAGGUCUGGACAGCAGCUUAGACCCCCCCCACCCCCGGCUCUGGUGCCCUGCAGUGACAUUAACCCUCUUAACCCUCCACGUGCUGACUGUGCUGGACCAGCACCUGCUGGGCUCGGGGCUGAGGGAGCUGUCUCUGGGUGUCCGCUGGAGCCGCUGCUGGGGGGCCCCAGGGCUGCCUCUGCAGGAGGAGUUUUCUGCUCCCAGCGCUUGGAACAGGAGCAGGCUGGGGCUGAUCCAGGAGCACUCUGAGCUCCCCAAUAACCCAAAGCACCUCCUGCUGCUCCAUGGAUGGGGGGAGGGCAAAUUCUGUAACACUUCCCUCUCUGCACACCUGCAGCACCUCUGACCCAGGCAAACCUUCACUAGCCCUGGGCCCUCCUCCAGCUGAUCCCUCCUGGCUUUGUCCCAUUAAAACUCCAAACUCGUCCUCCCCAGCAGCCUCUGCCCAGGGAGGCUCCAGUGGGAGCACAGCAGGAGGCUGCCCCUCUCCUUCCCAAGCCCAGGGAAGCCCCCAAGGCUCUGGCUGCCACCCAGCAGCCUGGCACAGCCGGGGCCCUCUGCCUGCCCAAGAAGCACAGCGGGAGCCUGCUGGGUUCAGUUUUUAUUUGUACAUCAUAUACACUUUAUAAUAAAGUAAACCAAUGGCAUCUGC